AUGAUUUAAACUAAAAGAAAUUUCUUUAAGAUCAAAGUAGCAAUAUUCUUUGGCUAUAAUGGCAAAGGGUACCAUGGUUCAUAGAGCUAAAAGGACUAAAACAUUAAGACUAUAGAAAAGUCAUUGUUUGAAGGUUUGAUAGACUCUAAAUUGAUUAGUGAAACACAUAUGGGAGAGUUAAAAAAAGCAGGUUGGGGAAGAGGAGCUAGAACUGAUAAGGGAGUUCAUGCAUUAUGUAAUGGCGUUAACGUUAAGUUGGCUAUUAGUGAAGAGUACCUUAUGAGAGGUAGUCCUCUUAGAAUGGAUGAUAAAAAUCCUGAAGAAAUUUAAAAGGAAAUAUAAGAAAAAAACGAAAUAUUAUUAGAAUCUGAACAAUAUAAAAAACCAGAAGAAAACUCUGGUGAAUAAUAAAAUGCAAAUGGUAAUUAAGCAUCUGAAAAAGAAAUAAAAUCCUAGGCUAUAGAAGAAGAAGCUGCUGAUAAUGAUUAAGAAAUAGCAGAAGAAUAGGAAGAAUAAAAGGAAGGAGAAAAAAAUUUAGAAGAAAGUAAGAAGGUUGAAGAUAUGACUGAAGAAGAGAGAUAAGAAAGAAGUAGAAGAUUACAAUAAGAGGCUGAAGAAAACAGAAAAAAGAAGGAAGUUAGUAAGGCUCAUCACAAAUAACUGUAAGAAUUUGCUAACGAAAGAAGAAAGCAUAUCGAUAUAGAUAAGAUUAUAAAUGCAUUAAACAGCAAUUUACCAGCAGAUAUUCGCUGUGUUUCAAUUAAACAGGUAUCUCGUAAAUUUGAUAUUCGUACUCACUGCAAAUACAGAGUAUACGAAUACUUAAUGCCUCUUUUUAUGUAUCAGAAGUAUGAUGACAUUAUAGCAGGUACUCCUAUGACAGAAGAAUUUGAGUAAAAAACCAUGUAAAGAGUUUCUACAUUAGCUGAUAAGUUCAAAGGAACUCAUAAUUACCACAAUUACACAAGAUAAAUGAAAGCAAAAGACCCUCGUUGUAUGCGUUAUAUUUUAGACAUGAAAACUGAAUUAAUCACCAACCCUUAAAACGGAAUGAAAUUCAUUAGAUUUACUUUAGUAGGAUAGAGUUUUGUUUAUCAUUAAAUUCGUAAGAUGAUGGGUAUGAUUUGCAUGAUGAUUUAGGAAGACUACCCUGACAACUUUAUGGAUUCUAGCUUUUUCCAUAAUGUCAUGCGUAUUUGGCUUGCUCCUGCCCAUGGUUUAUUCCUAAAUCGUAUGAGAUUUGAUAGUUACAACAAGAAACCUGAAAUCCCAGAACCUAUUGAAUUCGAUAAGAUUGAAGAAGAUCGUUUAAGAGAAAUGAGAGAUAUUAUUGAAAAAGCAGUCAUGAACGAAGAGGAUGUUAAUGCAAUUUACAAAUAAUGGAUUAAAGAUGUCAAAGCAGGAAACGAGCUUGCUGAAGAAAAUGAAUCUGUUUCAGGAGAUAUGGAUCAAUGA